UUGAUUGAUUGAUUGAUUAGUACUGUUGAAAGGACCCUGUGUAUGGGUUUUUCAAAUAGUGCACUCAAGGAACCAAUUAAACCGAGUUGCAUAAUGCCAUCUCUCCAAACAGCAUUGCCUCGGGAACUAGCCAAUAAUGCUAUCGGACUUUAUCGGGAGUGUCUCCGACGAGCAAAAUACAUUGGCAGUAAGCAACAUAACACAGAGCUUCUUGUUGGUAUGGUGAGACAGCAGUUCAAAAAGCAAAUGCAUGAGACUGAGCCGGAUAAAAUUCAGAAAUUGAAGGAUGAUGCUGCGAAUGGGCUAAUAAAUCACAUGUUGCAUGAAUCUGAAAAGAUGACUUGCCGGAAAUUCAGCCAGAAUUGUUGAAUUUGCCUGUUAGCAAACUGCUACAAGGAAUUCCAAGAUACCAGUCUCAAUCUUGGUUUAGGAUGUACUAAAAGUUUUCGAUCAGUUCUAAACCUUGGA